AUGAAACCUAAGCAAAUUCACGAAAUCAAGGACUUCCUUUUGACAGCAAGGAGGAAGGAUGCUAGGUCUGUGAAGAUCAAGAGAACCAAGGAGCUUGUUAAGUUCAAGGUUAGGUGCUCAAGGUACUUGUACACACUAUGUGUUUUCGACAAAGAGAAGGCCGAUAAGCUUAAGCAGUCACUUCCUCCAGGUUUGAGUGUGCAAGACCUUUGA